AGUCUAACAAGGUUAUAAGGGAAUUCGAAUACUACGGAUUCUGAAAUAAUGUGUAGGUUUUUAUGGAUGUACGAAGUUAACUGCAUGGUUCUCUCUACCCCGCAUGCAUCCACAGUGACACCGCGUCUCCUUUAAAUUAGGCGGCAGAUCAGACUACCCACGCUGUACUGCGUGCGGGUUGUCUGUUCAAUUUUGAUGGAGCGACGGCGAAGUAGGCUUCUGUAGAAAUUAGAAUAUAUUUUUCUACUAAAAAACAAUUUUAUAACAUAUCUUAAUGGGAAAAUAAGAGGAGAAAGGCAAACAAUGCUGUGAGAAUACUGCCAAUUACCAGCCUUUUCCAGGUCUCUGAUGGAGGGCAGUCCAGAGAAGCAGAAGCCCAGCCCACGACGCCAACACAAACCCGCUCUGACUCUGGGCCAGUCCCGUAGCACGGAAGAAUUGUCAGAGAGCCCCCCCAGGAACACCUUCCGCAAGGGCUUCUCUCUGCGCAGCGUCAGCCUGUGUAUGGUGGACGGGGUUCGGGACAUGCUCCAGAGGAGCCGAGGGGCCUCCCCAGAACCCUGCUGCAGACUUAACAAAGAGGCAGGGGGGCGUUGGAGCCCCCGUCUGCUGCACCUGCCCCGGGGGUCCCGUUCUGCCAGUGUCAAGGCCCCUCCAGCUGAGGUGCAGAGGGAGGGGGCCCUGCGCUACAUGGUGGCAGACGACUCCCACAGUAUUGGCAGCAGCCCUCAGUGGCAGAAGUGUCGUCUGCUGCUCAAGAGGACAGGAGGAGGAGGAGGAGGAGGAGGGUUCACCCCCGAGGGGGAGGGGGGCUUCCUGCUGGAGUUCUAUGUACCUCCCAAGUCGUCCAAGCCCAAAGUGAGUGUUCCUCUGACGGCCAUCGUGGAGGUGCGGACGACCAUGCCCCUGGAGAUGCCAGACCAGGACAACACCUUUGUCCUCAAGGUGGAGAAUGGAGGAGAAUACAUUCUGGAGACGUUAGACUCACUACAGAAACACUCGUGGGUGGCUGACAUUCAGGGUUGCAUAAACCCAGGGGACAGUGGAGAUGACAUUGAGUUGGUGUCUUGUCCCCAUGGCCAGUUUCCCUCCGUGUCCACCUGUAGCUGUGAGCUCUCAUCUAACGUACACUGCAGCCCCCGGCACCCUGCUGCCCCCCCCUGUCGGACUCUGCUGGCCUCCUCUUUGCACCCCAACCACAUCCCCCUGGAACGCUUCCUCCAGUCUUUGGAGAACAACAGAUCUGGAGCAGGUGAAAGAAUGCCCCACCCUGAGACGGACACGUCCCUGAUAUGCUAUCCAUGGUUCCACAGCACACUGUCGCGAGUACGUGCUGCUAAGCUGGUGUUGGUGGGCGGAGCUCAGAGCCACGGGCUCUUCGUGGUUCGCCAGAGUGAGACUCGGCCGGGAGAAUACGUGCUCACCUUCAACUUCCAGGGCAAAGCCAAGCAUCUGCGUCUGUCUGUGGACUCAAUGGGCCAGUGCCACGUACAGCACCUUUGGUUCCAGAGCGUGGGGGACAUGCUGCAGCACUUCCACAGCCACCCCAUUCCCCUGGAGUCCCGUGGGGCCGCAGACGUCACUCUGCGCUGCUACGUUCAGACGCAGCACAGCCGCCAAGAGCUCCGAGUGCCUCGGAUGUCCACCCCUACCAGAGAGCCUGGCUGUCGGAACGGCCUUCACCAACCGACACACUUCUUUCCUGGACUUUUACAGUCAAUUGGCACAUCUGCGGACUCAACCCCACCCCCAAGCUCCCCCGCUCUGGGCCGUGUCCCCCCUCCCUUCCCCAGACUGGAUGGCCGUGAUGAUGGUGGCUUACCGAGUCGCAGUGGCAGCACAGAGCACCUACUGCCGCCCUCUGGUGGCUCUGCUGAGGAGCAGCAGGAAAGCGAGGGUACACAAAGAACACGGGCCGUGGAGAACCAGUACUCCGUGUACUGAGGAACCAUAACAGAAUCUGACAGCAUCACAAUCUUGGAGCGUCACAGUCUUAUAUUGUUUUUUUUGUGUAAAAAUUGGAAAUGCUCCCAUGCUAAGGAUUUUGCAGAUGGUGGAAAAUUCUCCUGUAGUGUUAUCCUGUUUCCUUGAUAAUAUGUUGUUCAUUCUCAUAAAAUUC